GGCAAAUUUUGCGGGUACCCUAUCCGUUGCCAUCCCAAUGGCUUUUAUACCCGCAACCCAACCCCCUGCCUUCUUCGUCUUCAUCUCUGCUCCUCCGAUCCCAUCUGUCUGUCUCCAUUAGAGCAGCCAGAAAAAUCCCCAGAACCCCAACCCUAAUCGGAUCUCCGAUCUGGAAAUGGUGCUAAUAUCUCUGGUGAGAGACUACAUCGGGCGGAUGCUUCAGGACAUCCCGGGCAUGAAAGUUCUCAUCCUCGAUUCCCAGACGGUCAGCAUUGUAAGUGUUGCAUAUUCUCAAUCAGAGCUACUUCAGAAGGAGGUGUUUUUGGUAGAACUGGUGGAUUCGAUGUCAAAGGAACCAAUGGCACACCUCAAAGCAGUAUACUUCCUUCGCCCAACAUCAGAGAAUAUUCAGAAAUUGCGCCGCCAGUUGGCUAAUCCCAGAUUUGGCGAAUAUCACUUGUUUUUUUCCAACAUCUUGAAAAUUACCCAAAUUCAAGUGCUUGCUGAUUCAGACGAACAAGAAGUUGUCCAACAAGUUCAGGAGUUCUUUGCUGAUUUUUGUGCCAUUGAUCCUUACCAUUUUACUCUAAACAUGCACAUGAAUCACAUAUACAUGCUCCCAACGGUCAUCGAUCCUCCAAGCGCACAAAGCUUUUGUGAUCGAGCAGUUGAUGGAAUUGCUGGUGUUUUCUUAGCACUCAAGCGCCGCCCUGUUAUUCGGUAUCAACGGACCUCAGAUAUUGCAAAAAGGAUUGCACAGGAAACUGCAAAGCUUAUGUAUGAGCAGGAAAGUGGUCUGUUCGAUUUCAGGCGUACAGAGAUCUCUCCCUUGUUGUUAGUAAUUGAUCGAAGGGAUGACCCUGUGACCCCAUUGCUGAAUCAGUGGACUUACCAAGCAAUGGUACAUGAGCUUAUUGGUAUUCAAGAUAACAAAGUAGAUUUGAGACAUAUUGGCAAAGUUCCCCAAGAUCAGCAGGAAGUUGUGCUGUCAUCGGAGCAAGAUGCCUUCUUUAAAGCUAACAUGUAUGAAAAUUUUGGAGAUCUUGGAAUGAAUAUCAAGAGAAUGGUGGAUGAAUUUCAACAGAUUGCAAAGAGUAACCAAAACAUCCAGACAAUAGAGGAUAUGGCCAAGUUCGUGGACAACUACCCUGAGUACCGAAAGAUGCAAGGCAAUGUAUCAAAGCAUGUGACUAUGGUUACAGAGAUGAGCAGAAUUGUUGAAGAGCGGAAGCUUAUGCUAGUUUCAGAAACUGAACAAGAGCUUGCUUGUAAUGGUGGACAAGUGGCAGCCUUUGAGGCUGUCACCAAUCUUCUGAACAAUGAAAGUGUCUCUGACGUUGAUCGCCUACGAUUAGUAAUGUUGUAUGCUUUGCGCUAUGAAAAGGAGAGCCCAGUUCAACUGAUGCAGCUUUUCAACAAAUUAGCUUCACGGUCUGCGAAGUAUAAAUCCGGUCUUGUCCAAUUCCUCCUAAAGCAAGCAGGUGUUGAUAAGAGAACAGGUGAUCUGUAUGGCAAUCGUGAUCUCCUGAAUAUUGCUCGUAACAUGGCUCGUGGACUCAAGGGUGUGGAGAACGUAUACACACAACACCAGCCUCUUCUUUUUCAAACCAUGGAAAGCAUAAUCAAGGGGCGAUUAAGAGAUGUUGACUAUCCAUUUGUUGGCAAUCAUUUUCAACAGGGCAGACCUCAGGAGGUAGUGAUUUUCAUUGUUGGGGGAACAACAUAUGAGGAAGCACGUACCGUGGCUCUUCAUAAUGCUGCCAAUUCAGGAACACGGUUCAUACUUGGAGGUUCUGUGGUCCUCAAUUCUAAGCAUUUCCUAAAAGACCUGGAAGAGGCGCAAAGGAUAUCUCGGACAAACAGCGUUGUAUAGAGUGAAACUCUUGUUCGGUGAUAGGGACUGGAGAGAUGCUGGCAAUGUAUGCACCCUGGAUUAAUGACGGGAAAUGUGAAUUUGGACUGCCAGCUUGUGCGAGAUGAGCGACAUUUGAAAUGACACGAUCUUGUAUCCGAUAAGGUGAUCACCAUCAUUCAUUAGUCUCAAACCGAUGCUCUGUACAAGGUGUAAAAGAUUUUUUUAUAUAUAUAUAUUUCUUUGUGUGUGGUCGUGGAGGUUGUAGUGUAUGCUUUUUUUUUGGGUAAAUAGUGUUUGCUAUUUGAAUACCAGAAAAAAGAUGGUGACGAGCUUGUCGUUCAUUUCGGAACUUAAUAAAUUGAUUCAAGAU